AUGGGAGGCGGGCCACCCCAUACAGACGUCGUGCGCUCGUCUUGUUUUGUGACGUUUCCAGAGCAAGUACAUGCUGAACCAGUGCCUGUCGAUGCGUGGUAUUUGUUUGCAGCUGGAUUGACAUUCUUACGUCGUUUAUCACGUGACCGUGUGGGUGAUAGUAUGCAUAUUGCGCUACUGCUUCAAGUCGUCGACGAUGAAACUACAGAACGACGUUAUGUAUCUGUAGGUUCGAAUACAGUAUUGCAAUGUGCACUUCAAGAGACGUUUGAUUAUCCGGAUAAAGCAUUGAUAUUGCAUGUGAUUGAUGUGGGAAAAGUGCGUGGUCAGAAACGAAUUCAUGUCCGACCAGAAGUAAACCCGAAUGUGUCUCCAGAACCAGUAGAGCCCAUGGGAUUAGUGUUUCCAAUACUAUCAGUUGAUGGUGUAAGUAAUGCUGUUGAGGUUCCAAUAGCUCAGAUGCCAAGUGGAAGUUUGUAUAAUCAAAUGAGCCAGUCGAUGUUUAAUUACCGGAAGGAUGACGGUGCACGAUGGAAUGGUGAAAAGUCUGGGAAGUUUUAUGAAUUGGAUCAGAGUUUGAGUCAGAGCGCAUUUUUUGUGGAGGAGAGGGACUAUACACGAAGAGAGAAGCAAGAAGAGCAGCAGCACGAGACGUUGGGUGAAAGAAAACAGAAAGCUGGUGUUCCGAUAGCGGUUGAAGCUGUCGGCAACUUACUUCCACCAGCCAAGCAAAUGCAAAUGGAGAGCGACUGUGUGGAACAAGAAAAUGAGAGCACUAUUCCUGUGGCAACAGUUGUAGAGGUCGACUCAGCGCACGUUCCGUGUGAUUACGUGAUGCUAGAGCUGCAGACGGGUGCAGGACUGCCAGAAACCCCUGCUAACGCUAGCUCAACGUACUUUAUUUCAUCUCGAUGGGCAGAGCAGGCGGAUGAAAUGAGUGCGUCCAUGAGAUUGGAACAAUUGCCACCACCACGCACUAGUUUGGUUCGUGCAACACCUCGCGGUAGCAAUGUACCCGCUUUUCCAAAUCUCGAGGACUCGUUUGUGAUCCUUGAGCGCCAGGAGUUGUAA